AUGGAUGAAGAAUAUGAUGUCAUUGUUCUCGGCACUGGUUUGACCGAGUGUAUCCUCUCCGGACUGCUCUCCGUGGAGGGCAAGAAGGUUCUGCACAUGGACAGGAACGACUACUAUGGCGGAGACAGCGCGAGUCUGAACUUGACUCAGCUCUACCGCAAGUUCAGGCCUGACCAGGCCCCUCCGACGGAGCUCGGACGCGACCGUGACUACGCCGUCGAUCUCAUCCCCAAGUUCAUCAUCGCGUCCGGCGAGCUCACACGCAUCCUCGUACACACGGACGUGACGCGGUACCUCGAGUUCAAGCAGAUCGCCGGCAGCUUCGUGUACCGCGAUGGCAAGAUCUCCAAGGUGCCCAGCACAGAGAUGGAGGCGGUCAAGAGCCCCCUGAUGGGUCUGUUUGAGAAGCGGAGAGCGAAGAAGUUCUUCGAGUUCUUGCAGAGCUGGAAGAACGAGGAUCCGGCUACGCAUCAGGGCAUCGACCUUGACAAGGAUACGAUGGCCUCUGUUUACGAGAAGUUCGGUCUUGAGCCUGGAACUCAGGACUUCAUUGGUCAUGCUAUGGCCCUUUACCUUGAUGAUGACUACAAGACCAAGCCCGCUCGACCUGCGUACGAGCGUAUUGUCCUCUACACCUCCUCCAUGGCUCGCUACGGCAAAUCCCCUUACAUCUACCCGCUUUACGGUCUCGGCGAGUUGCCGCAAUCCUUCGCCCGCCUGAGCGCUAUUUACGGUGGCACCUACAUGCUUGACAAGUCCAUCGACGAGAUCGUCACGGAUGCCAGCGGCAAGUUCAUUGGCGUCCGAAGCGGCAAAGAGACCGUCAAGGCCAAGCAGGUCAUCGGCGACCCGAGCUACUUCGGCGCUGGCAAGGCCGCUGACGGUGGCAAAGUCAGAGUGCUCGAGGAAGGCAAGGUCAUCCGGGCUAUCUGCUUCCUCAAGCACCCUAUCCCUGGCACCGACGAAUCGGACAGUGCCCAGAUCAUCAUUCCUCAGAACCAAGUGGGCAGGCGGAAUGACAUCUACAUCGCUAUGGUCUCGUCUACGCACAAUGUCUGCGCGAAGGACGUCUACGUCGCGAUCGUCAGCACCAUCGUCGAGACCGACAGGCCAGAGCAGGAGAUCGCUCCUGGCCUCCAGCUUCUCGGCCCUAUUUACGACAAGUUUGUUACCGUAUCAUCACUGUACACACCCACCGCGUCCGGCGAGACCGACCAGAUCUUCAUCACACGUUCAUACGACGCCACCUCGCACUUCGAGACCGUCGUCGACGAGGUCCACAACGUCUGGAAGCGGGUCGUGGGCAAGGACCUCGUGCUCAAGAAGAGGGAGGUCGAGGUAGAGGCGUAG